AUGGCAUUUGCUGGCGGUCCCAGGCACUGGGAGCAAGAUAAGGAAGCUACCGUUUAUGUCGGCAACCUUGACGAACGUGUUACCGAUGCUUUAGUGUGGGAGCUUAUGCUCCAGGUCGGUCGCAUUGUCAACGUCCACCUUCCGAAAGAUCGUGUCACCCAGACGCACCAGGGUUACGGUUUCGUCGAGUUCCAGACUGAAGAAGAUGCCGACUAUGCCGCCAAGGUCAUGAACCAAGUCCGCCUUUACGGCAAGCCCAUCCGUGUCAACAAAGCUUCGGCCGACAAGCAGAAGGCCGUUGAAGUUGGCGCCGAGCUCUUUGUCGGCAACCUUGACCCCAUGGUUGACGAGAAGACCCUAUUCGACACCUUUGGGCGUUUUGGUCCGUUGGUCGCCGCCCCGAAGGUUGCCCGCGACGAGGCCAACCUCUCCAAGGGUUACGGUUUUGUCUCUUUUGGCACCUUCGAGGCCUCCGAUGAUGCCAUUGCCAACAUGAACGGCCAGUACCUCAUGAACAAGGAGAUCUCAGUUCAGUACGCCUAUAAGAAGGACGGAAAGGGUGAACGCCACGGCGACGAGGCGGAGCGUAUGCUUGCCGCCCAAGCUCGCCAGCACAACGUAUCGGCACCUACCCAGCCGAUGCCCCCUCAGUUUUAUUCCCAGCCGACGCCCGCUGCUCCGGUCGCUCCGGCCGCCAUGCUCAACAGCGGCGCCCCUCACGUCCCGACCCCGCCUCCCGGCCCGGCUGGAUUCCAGGCCUACAAUGCCGUUCCGCCCCCGGCUCAGCAGGCUCGUACUCCUGUCGCAACCACCCCGCUCCCGCCUCCUCCGUCAGGUCUCCCGGCUCGUCCCCCUCCUUCGCAGGCUGGUUACGGUGGCCCGAUGGGCUUCACUCCCCCGGGCUUCUCCGCCCCUCCUCCGGGCGGAGCUUUUCCGCCUGUCCCGGCUCCUCCAGCCGGUUUUGCCCCGCCUCCUGGCUUUCCUCCCCCGGGCUUCGCCCCUCCCGGCGCUGCCCCUCCCGGAUUCCCUCCUGGAUUCCAGCAGCCCUAUGGCAAGCGGUGA